AUGCUGAAAACCACUGGCUUUCUCCUGGCCGCGUGCCGCUUGGCUGCUGGCGCGGCUGUGUCAUCAGCCUCAACCUCUGCCUCAACCUCUUACGCAUCUCCUCCCGCAGUGUCGACGAUUGAGCCCUCGGCCAGCCAGAUCUCGGCUGCAGCUGCCACUGCGACUGCCCUUUCUUCGACGAGCAAUGUGAAAGGCCUCGCGUUCAACCGGUUCUACCAGAUCUGGCUUGAGAACAUUGACUUCGCCAACGCCGCUGGAGACCCCAACCAAGCAUGGCUGGCCGAGCAAGGCAUCACGCUCAGCAACUACUGGGCAACCACCCACCCUUCGGAACCCAACUACUGCGCCGCAGCUGGUGGUGACAAUUUCGGAAUGGACAGUGACGACUUCCAUGCCAUCCCCGAAGACAUCGCCACCGUCGUCGACCUCCUCGACACCAAAGGCAUCUCGUGGGCGGAGUACCAGGAGCACAUCCCAUACGCCGGAUUCCAAGGGUACAACUACUCCAACCAACACACGUUCCACGACGACUAUGUGCGCAAGCACAACCCACUGGUUCUGUACCAGUCGGUCACCAACAACGACACCCGCUUGAAGCUGAUCAAGGGAUUCAACGACUUCGAGACGGAUCUCAAGAACCAGAAGCUUCCGCAGUGGGCCUUCAUCACGCCCAACAUGACCAAUGAUGGCCAUGACACCAACAUCACCUACGCUUCCGUGUGGGAGCGCAACUGGCUCGAGCCCCUUCUCAAGGACGAGUACUUCAUGAACGACACCCUGGUCCUCUUGACCUUUGACGAGAACGAAACCUACGGGAUCGAGAACAAGAUCUUUUCCAUCCUGAUCGGCGGUGCCGUGCCCAAGGAACUCCGCGGCACCACCGACGAGACCUACUACAACCACUACUCGACCAUUGCCUCGGUGUCGCAGAACUGGGGUCUUCCAUCGCUCGGGCGCUGGGACUGCUCGGCCAACGUGUUCGAGCUGGUCGCCAACAAGACCGGAUUCAAGAACGCCGAGAUCGACCUGAACGACAAAGGAGUCUUCUACAACGCGUCAUACCCAGGCCCGCUGUCGGAGAAGAAGUACGUUUCAGACUGGCCCGUCCCGACCAACGCGUCCACUUGCGCCCAUGGAAAGGGUGUUUUGAAGUCGGUCGUCGACUCCAUCAAGGGCAAGGCUCCUACCUACAACUACAGCAGCCCGUUCCCUUACGACCCCGUCUCUGGUGUCGACGUGCCUCAUAACACCACCAAGUCCCCUGGCAUUUAG